GUCGGAAAAGGUUCCGCUUAAUCAACUGUUGGUUCGUCUGCCCAUGGCAUGCAAAUCCGAGGCCGCGAGAGCAAGUAGUUCGACGGCUCCAGCUGAAAUCAAUCCUCUUGAGGCGUUUGAUCAAGAAAAAGGGCUACCUCAAUUUAUUCCUCGUGACCUUAUAGAAAAUCUCAUGCUUGACGUAGAAUGCGCGGCAGGCGAGCCAGAUGCGAAGCAGUUCAAGAUGACCAGAGGACAGAUACUAGUUGCUGUACCAGUUUUUAUGCAUCCACCAUUUGAAUAUGGUGAUUAUGUCAUAAGUGUCAAUGAUGAAGUACUAGAGGACAAAAUUCAUUUCUAUCAAAUAUUAAAGGAAUUAGCAGGAAAGAAAAAACCACAAAUAAUUCGUUUUGCGGUGGCUCGGGUGAUUGCUUCUGUGCAAGUUCCGAAAGCUGAUAAAAGCAUACCAAAAGAUAUGGUUUCUACUCAACGUUGUCAUUACUUCAAAAAUACUAUGAUCUUCUUUCCAAGGUCAUCAUUAGGCAUUAAUAUCAAGUCUGUGAACAAAAAGGUGUACGUUGAGAGCACUGACAACGGAUUUAACAGCAUUGCUCGACGAACUUUCUACAUCGGCGAUGCGCUUUUGACAGUAAAUGACGAAAAGUGCACUUCUGUGAGGAAAGCAAGUAAACUGUUAUUGAAUGCCUUGAAGACGAAAGGCAUUGCUCGGGUGAUAGUCGAGCGACCAGUUGAGCCGGCUGCUGUUGCGUUUGUUCGAGCUGUGCUUCUUGUGAACAAAGCGAAUGUGAUGGAUCCUAAGAUGUCAGACGAUGUUCUAACUAUAUGCAACGCAGAACUGAAGCGCAUGCGACAGCAAAGAGUAAAUCCUAAAAAAGCUAUUCUCAAAACAAGGGGUACAGAGACGUCACAGGAAAUCAAAACCACCGAAUCAUCUAAAAGUGGUUCCAAAAUCAAAAUUUCUGAAACAGCUACAGAAGUAGCGAUCGGGACGGAGCUAUUGAAUCCUGCACUUUUGGAGCACGUUCCUGAAAAGAAGAAUGUCAAAGGAAAAAAGAAAAAAGAUGAUGUAAUUGAUUAAAGGGAAAAAACCAUAACUUUCAUCAGGCU